AUGGCGCCGCCGCGUAGCUUACCCAACAUUAUCAUCACAGGCACCCCCGGCACGGGCAAGACCAGCCAUGCCGAGCUUCUCGCUGAGCGCACUGGGCUUAAACACAUCUCAAUCAACCAGAUCGUCAAGGACAAGGAGUGCCAUGAGGGCUAUGACGAGGAGUACCAGAGCUGGAUUGUUGAUGAGGAUAAGCUUCUUGAUGCCAUUGAGGACGAGGUCACCAAGGGCGGGUGCAUAAUAGACUGGCACGCGUGUGAUCUGUUCCCCAAGAGCUGGAUUGACUUGGUGGUGGUAUUGCGGGUUGACACAGCGACGCUGUAUGACCGGCUUACGGAGAGGAAAUACCCCGAGAAGAAGCUUCAAGAAAAUAUCGAUGCUGAAAUCAUGGACGUGCUGAUUCAGGAAGCACGAGAGGCAUACGAUGAAGAGAUUGUAGUGGAAUUGGAGAGCGUCACAACCGACCAGAUGGAAAGCAACGUGGAGAGAAUUGAGCAAUGGCUGAAGCAGUGGAAGGAGGACAACGGGGUCGCUACAUAG